GUCUCGGGAAUCGGCCCGAAAUGCAAUUAAUUCCUAGCGCUGAAUUAAGUAAUAAUACAAAGGCCAAUAGUAAAGUCCAAACUUAACAGUUACAGCAGACACAAGCUCUCGCGUCUUGUCGAAGUGCAAACCGAGUCAAUAAAAGAAACCACAGUUAUAUUACUUCUGCGCAGAAUUAUCAACGCGAGAAUUUGCACGAUGAAGUUAUCCGAAGUGUUUGCUUGGACAGAACAAGUCGAUCCACGAACGAAGGAUUGGCCGCUGGUCAGUCCGAUAUAUCACAUUCUAUUUAUAAUAUUUAUUUAUUUUUUUCUGGUUUUUUAUUGGAUUCCCCGAUAUAUGAAAAACAAACCGCCUUAUAAGUUAACGACAUACAUAAAGUGCUACAACGUCUUCCAAGUCGUGGUGAACAGUUGGCUGGUGCGAGAACAUAUAGCUGCCGGUUGGCUGAAAAAUAUACCGUUCACUUGUGUGGUUACAACUUAUUCUUACGAAUUUCCUCAUUAUAAGUUUGCUCAAAUCAUAUGGUGGGUCUUAUUGUUGAAAAUAGUAGAUCUUACAGAAACGAUAGUAUUCGCAUUGAGAAAGAAAGAUAAACAAAUUUCGACACAUCAUGUGUAUCAUCACGUAUCAACUGUGCUGCUAUUGUGGGUGAGCGUAAAGUAUGUUUCUGGCGAAUCGUCGACGUUCAGCACGCUUCUUAACUGCAGCGUGCAUAUGUUGAUGUAUACCUUUUAUUUUCUCGCGGCAUUCGGGCCGCGCGUUCAAGCGAUUAUUUCACCAUUCAAACAAUUCGUCACCAUAAUUCAGAUGGUGCAGUUGUUUGCUAUAAUAAUCUACUCUCUACAAAUAUUAGCGCCUGGCUGUAACACAUCAAUAGCAUUUCCUACAAUAAUACUUGUGAAUGUUGCAAUAAAUUUGUAUAUGUUUUAUAAAUUUUAUCGAAAAACUUACAUAUCAAAAAUGAAGCAAUGAAGAAAGAAAACAACAAGAUUGUAAAAACGACAAACAAAUUUAUAUAUAAUUAUUUUUAUUUGUAAAAAGUGAA